AUGGAAUCAGGCAGAAUUCGAGACAGUCAAUUAUCUGCAAGUUCAAGUCAUGACAAAGAUAGUACUGGACCACAAAAUUCCAGAAUACGCACGGAACGCGGAAGUGGUGCGUGGUGUCCACGCCAACAAAUUGGAGCAGAGACUGUAGAAUGGUUACAAAUUGAUUUUAAUGUAGAAAUGGUAAUCACGGCAAUUGAGUCACAAGGACGUUUUGAUAGUGGACGUGGCCUAGAAUAUGCUCCAGGUUACAUGCUUGAAUAUUGGCGUGAAAGCCUGGGUACCUGGGCUCGGUACAAGAAUGGAAAACAAAAUGAAGUAAUCAGUGGAAAUAGCGAUACACAGUCAACAGUUCUCAGAGCUUUAAAUGGUGGAAUCGUCGCACGUAACAUACGUGUAAUACCAGUUUCUGAAUCUACACGAACUGUUUGUAUGCGUAUUGAACUAUAUGGCUGUACUUACAAAGAUCAGUUAUUAUCGUAUGCAAUACCUGAAGGUGAUACUGUCGAUGGAUUAAAUUUGAAAGAUGAUACAUAUGAUGGAAUAUUAAAUUCUUCAAACUAUUUGACAAAUGGUCUCGGGAAACUGUACGAUGGAGCACUUGGCGUAGAUAACUUUGAAAAAAAACCUCAAGACUGGAUUGGAUGGUGCAAGGAAAAACACGGAGAAAUAAUAACGAUAGAAGUUAUUUUUGAGAGAAAAAAAAUAAUCAGCGCUAUUUUCUUCCACGUUUCGAAUUUUCUGAAGAGUGGUGCUCAAGUCUUUGAGAGCGCUCAUAUUUGGUUCUCACCCCGUGGUGAAGGGGAAUUUUCUCCAAGAACAUUAUAUUUUAAUUAUAUUGCUGAUAAAUACUUUCAAUCAGCCAGAUGGGUUCGGAUUCCUGUGCCAAAUAGAAUGGCUAAAGAACUUCGAGUUCAACUCAGUAUUUCAAGAAAUAGCAGUUGCCUACUAUUAAGCGAAAUGAAAUUCGAUUUCACAAAUGAAUUAUACGGAUCUGAUGAAUUUGAUGAAGAGUUUGAUUUGGACCACUCCUUGAAUACGGUUGAUACCUUAACUUAUUUUGCUAUCAAUGACACAUCUGAAGAAAGUGGACGGUUGUUAUCCAUUGCUGCCAUAAUAUCGUUAAUUCUGGUAUUGUCUUCUGUUAUCAUACUUUUCUACUUGUUAAUAGUUUAUCGUCACACGUUUCAACGGCGCAUAUCAUUUUUGAUACUCAAAAAAAGUUCGAAAGAUAUAGGAAUGACCAUAGAACGGCCGGUAGUCAAGCGUACGUCACCCAACGCUUAUCGAAUUACUGAUAAUGAGCAAAAUUUGCUGUUGGAAAAGUUUCAGCUAAAUCGAUCAUCGGGAAGUGACUACGCUGAACCAAAUUAUGUCAUUAGAAGCAAUAAAGAAUUAAGUACUAGCAAUAGAACUUUGUGUAAUGAUACAUCAAAAUCGUCUUCUGAUUGUACUGUUCACUACGCUUCACAUGAAAUUUGCGCACGCCAUCCACGACAGUUAGGAUACACAUCACUAAAUCAUUCUACAGUAUCACAAUUAUCGAGGGAUUACAAUGAAGUGAAAAUGGCAAGUAAACUGAGAAACUUUGUUGAAAUUGACCCAAGAUCUCUCAUAUUUCACAAAUGUUUGGGUAAAGGACUCUUUGGUGAGGUUUGGCUUUGCAACUUGGAAGAACGCAAAGUACUGAAUAAAACUUGUCAAGAUAACAAUAUCGUUGAUCACACUCGCAACGAAUUCGAAUUUAUUGUUGCUGAAUUGAGUCGUUUGCGACAUCAGAAUAUUUUAGAAGUUAUCGGCAUGUGUUGUGACGAAAAACUAUGCAGUUGUAUUCAUGAGUAUUUUGAAGAACAUCUCAGCCAUUACCUUCGAAAUCUGACUAUUCAGUCUGAAUAUAAGACUGAACUAUUGUUAUCAGUUAGCACACAGAUUGCGGCUGGCAUGUCAUACUUGGAGUCUAACGGUUUUGUUCAUGGCAAUCUUUCUGCAAAUAACUGUUUGGUUGCUACAGAUGGAACUAUCAAAUUAACAUACUUCAGCUUAGCUUCCGCAAUUGAUAACUAUGAAAGGGAUCACAGAGCCAGUGCUAGCAAAAUUCGAUGGCUAUCUUGGGAACAUGUCAUGAAAAAUAGUUCACCAACAAGCAAAGGAGAUGUGUGGUCAUUUGGAGUGACCUUAUGGGAAGUCCUCAAUGUAUGCAACAAAUAUCCAUACGAAAUGUUGAACGACAGCGAUGUAUAUAAGAAUUUAUUGUUUAUGAAGCGUCAUGGAACGUUAAAAAUUUAUCUGGACAAACCCGACUUCUCAUCAUCCAAUUUUUAUCAUGAAUUCUUGCUUCCAUGUUGGCAUUACGAUCCUGACCAACGUCCGACGUUUCAUAGUUUGCACUGUCGUUUGCAAAAUAUAACAUGCGCGCAAAUGAGCGAUAGUUGUUCUGGUUGA